CAGUACAUCGAGCCCCCCCAGUACAUUGAGCCUGCCCAGUACAUCGAGCGUGCCCAGUACAUUGAGCCUGCCCAGUACAUCGAACAUGCCCAGUACAUCGAGCGGGCCCAGUAAAUCGAGCCCCCCGAGUACAUCAAGCACGCCCAGUACAUCGAGCCCUCCCAGUACAUCGAGCACGCCCAGUACAUUGAGCCCUCCCAGUACAUCUAGCCCGCCCAGUACAUCGAGCCCGCCCAGUACCUCGAGCGAGCCCAGUACAUCGAGCGUGCCCAGUACAUCGAGCCCCCCCACUACAUUGAGCGUGCCCAGUACAUUGAGCCCUCCCAGUACAUCGAGCACGCCCAGUACAUCGAGCCCUCCCAGUACAUCGAGCCCCCCGAGUACAUCGAGCACGCCCAGUACAUCGAGCCCUCCCAGUACAUCUAGCCUGCCCAGUACAUUGAGCCCUCCCAGUACAUCGAGCACGCCCAGUACAUCGAGCCCUCCCAGUACAUUGAGUGCGCCCAUUACAUCGAGCAUUCCAAGUACAUCGAGCCCUCCCAGUACAUCGAGCCCGCCCAGUACAUCGAGCCCGCCCAGUACCUCGAGCGACACCAGUACAUCGAGCAUGCCCAGUACAUCGAGCGUGCCCAGUACAUCGAGCCCCCCCACUACAUUGAGCGUGCCCAGUACAUCGAGCCUGCCCAGUACAUCGAGUGUGCCCAGUACCUCGAGCAUUCCCAGUACAUCGAACGCGCCCAGUACAUCGAGCAUUCCCAGUACAACGAGCGCACCCAGUACAUCGAGCGUUCCCAGUACAACGAGUGCGCCCAGUACAUCGAGUCCCCCCAAUACAUCGAGUGUUACAUCGAGCGCGCCCAGUACAUCGAGCGCGCCCAGUACAUUGAGCGCGCCCAGUACAUCGAGCCCCCCGAGUACGUCGAGCAUGCCCAGUACAUCGAGCGUUCCCAGUACAUCGAGCGCACCCAGUACAUCGAGUGCACCCAGUACAUCAAGCGUUCCCAGUACAUCGAGCAUUCCCAGUACAUCGAGCGUUCCCAGUACAUCGAGCGCACCCAGUACAUCGAGCGCACCCAGUACAUCGAGCCUGCCCAGUAUAUCGAGCCUGCCCAGUACAUCGAGCGUUCCCAGUACAUCGAGCGUGCCCAGUACAUCGAGCGUUCCCAGUACAUCGAGCCCGCCCAGUACAUCGAGCCCCCCCACUACAUUGAGCGUGCCCAGUACAUCAAGCCCGCCCAGUACAUCGAGCGUUCCCAGUACCUCGAGCCUGACCAGUACAUCGAGCCUGACCAGUACAUCGAGUGUGCCCAGUACAUCGAGCGUUCCCAAAACAUCGAGCAUGCCCAGUACAUCGAGCGCGCCCAGUACUUCGAGCGUCGUUCCCAGUACAUCGAGCGCACCCAGUACAUCGAGCAUUCCCAGUACAUCGAGCGUUCCCAGUACAUCGAGCGCACCCAGUACAUCGAGCCUGCCCAGCACAUCAAGCCUGCCCAGUACAUCGAGUGUUCCCAGUACAUCGAGCGUGCCCAGUACAUCGAGCGUUCCCAGUACAUCGAGCGCACCCAGUACAUCGAGCGUUCCCAGUACAUCGAGCAUUUCCAGUACAUCGAGCCUGCCCAGUACAUCGAGUGUACCCAGUACAUCGAGCGUUCCCAGUACAUCGAGCCCGCCGAGUACAUCGAGCGUUCCAAGUACUUCGAGCGCACCCAGUACAUCAAGCGUUCCCAGUACAUCAAGCCCACCCAGUACAUUAAGUGUUCCCAGUACCUCGAGCCUGACCAGUACAUCGAGUGUGUCCGGUACGUCGAGCAUUCCCAGUACAUCAAACAUUCCCAGUACUUCGAGCCUGCCCAGUACCUCGAGCGUUCCCAGUACAUCGAACGCGCCCAGUACUACUUCGAGCCUGCCCAGUACCUCGAGCGUUCCCAGUACAUCGAACGCACCCAGUACGUCGAGCGUGCCCAGUACAUCAAGCCCGCCCAGUACAUUGAGCACGCCCAGUACAUCGAGCAUUCCCAGUACAUUGAGUUCGCCCAGUACAUCGAGCGCACCCAGUACGUCGAGCAUGCCCAGUACAUCGAGUGUGCACAGUACCUCGAGCAUUCCCAGUACAUCGAGCAUUCCCAGUACAUCGAGCCUGCCCAGUACCUCGAGCGUUCCCAGUACAUCGAGCGUGCCCAGUACAUCGAGCGUGCCCAGUACAUCGAGCGUUCCCAGUACAUCGAGCCUGCCCAGUACCUCGAGCAUUCCCAGUACAUCGAGCGCACCCAGUACAUCGAGUGCGCCCAGUACAUCGAGUCCCCCCAGUACAUCGAGCACGCCCAGUACAUCGAGUCCCCCCAGUACAUUGAGUUCGCCCAGUACAUCGAGUUCGCCCAGUACAUCGAGCCCUCCCAGUACCUCGAGUGUUCCCAGUACAUCAAGCGUGCCCAGUACAUCGAGCCUGCCCAGUACCUCGAGCAUUCCCAGUACAUCGAGCGCGCCCAGUACCACAUCGAGCGCGCCCAGUACAUCGAGCCCCCCCAGUACAUCGAUCGUACCCAAUACAUCGAGCCCCCCCAGUACAUCGAGCCCACCCAGUACAUCGAGUGUGCCCAGUACAUCGAGUGUGCCCAGUACAUCAAGCUCCCCCAGUUCAUUGAGCAUGCCCAGUACUUCAAUCCAGCCCAGCACAUCAACCCUGCCCAGUACAUCGAGCCCACCCAGUACAUCGAGCGUGCCCAGUACAUCGAGUGUUCCCAGUACAUCGAACCCGCCCAGCACAUCUAGCGCGCUCAGUACAUCGAGCGUUCCCAGUACAUCGAGUGUUCCCAGUACAUCAAGCAUUCCCAGUACAUCGAGCCCGCCCAAUACAUCAAGUGCACCCAGCACAUCGAGCGCGCCCAGUACACCCAGCGUGCCCACAACAUCGAGUGUGCCGAGUCCAUCGAGUGUGCCCAAUCCAUCCAGUGUUCCCAGUACACCCAGUGUUCCCACUACAUCGAGUGUGCCCACUACAUUGAGUCCAUCCAGUACAUCGAAUGUGCCCAGUACCUCGAGCGUUCCCAGAACAUCCAAUGUGCCCAGUACAUCGAGUGUUCCCAGUACAUCCAGUGUUCCCACUACAUCGAGUCCGCCCAGUACAUCGAAUGUGCCCAGUACCUCGAGCCUGCCCAGUACAUCGAAUGUGCCCAGUACAUCGAGUGUUCCCAGUACAUCCAGUGGUCCCAGUACAUCCAGUGUUCCCAGUACAUCCAGUGUGCCCAGUACAUCGAGUGUGUCCAGUACAUCGAUCGCGCCAAGUACAUCGAGCGUGACCAGCACCUCGAAUGCGCCCAGUACCUCAAGCGUGUCCAGUACAUCAAGUGUGCCCAGUGUAAUGAGUAUGCCAAGUACAUCGCGCGUGCCCAGUACAUUGAGUGUUCCCAGUACAUCCAACCUGGCCAGUACUUUGAGCGCACCCAGUACAUCGAGCGCCUCCAGUACAUUGAGCACUCCCAGUAUAUUGAGCGCGCCCAGUACAUCCAGCGCGCCCAGUACAUCCAGCGCGCCCAGUACAUCGAGCAUCCCCAGUACAUCGAGCACUCCCAGUAUAUCCAGCGCGCCCAGUACAUCGAGCGAGCCCAAUCCUUCGACAAUACCCACUGCAUCCAGUGUGCCCAGUAUAUCGAUUGUGCCCAGUACAUCAAACGUGCCCAGUGCUUCCAGUGUGCCCAGUCCCUCGAGCAUGCCCAGUGCAUCGAGGGUACCCAGAACCUCAAGUGUGCCCAGUACACCGAGUGUACCCAUUACAACAUCUCCUGCACCAACUCCCAGUUCAUUGAGUGUGUCUGUUACAACAUCAGCUGCGCACACACUCAAUACGUCAAUUGUGUCCGCUGCUUCAUCAGCUGCAGCUACAUCACGUGUGACCAAUGGUAGUUCUGCUCCAGCCCCAGACAGUGCAUCGAGUUUAUCGCCUUUUGCAUCAACUGCACCAACCUUUGCUUCAUCAGCUGUAUCAAAGACUACAUCAUCCACAACUCCAGCUGGAACUUCACAGCUGUCAACCACCCAGUUCCGGCCAUUCACGUCUAGCCCAUCAAAUGUUUCAGCCCCCUCAUCUUCAUUUGUAACUUCCUCCCGUAAUAUUAAUGUACCGUCCACUGAAACACCAACUGCUUCGUCUAGUGGGUCAAACCUGUCGAUGUCUACGUUGGUUGGAGCCACUUCUGAAACACCAAGUGCAGCAGGUUCUACUCCAGCUCCAGUUACAUCUGGUGUAUCAGAUUCCACUGCGUCCCCUGAAAGUGUGUCAACAGGAGUAAUGUUCAGCACCACAUCCUCAACAACGAACAUAUCUUCAGCAAUUGUUCCUCAAGCACCUGGCAAUACCACCACCUCUUUCAAUCUGAUCACCAGCAUUGGCACAACACCAAACCCAGCCAGCAGUGGCACCUCAACCAACCUUACUUCCUCCAUAACAAGCCUCCCUUCUGCCAGCACUUUACUGGUGAUCACCAGUUCUAAUGGCCCAACAGCGGCAAGCUCAACUUCCAAGUCCAGUGCCCCCAGUCUCACAGGAAACACCACCACAACCAGCUCUCCCACCACAACCCCAACUACAUCUACCACCGUUACCACCACGACCCCCACCACCGUCACCAUGACCCCCAUCACCCUCACCACGACCCCCACCACCCUCACCACGACCCCCACCACCCUCACCACGACACCACCACCCUCACCAUGA